UUGAUAAAAUGGUGGUAACUUCAGACCCGUUGGGAGCCUUUGUUGAAUGGAUACUUGACGAUCUUCCGCAGGAAUUUGACACUUUUGCCUUUUCCCACUUUGGUGGACGUUUCGACAUGGUAAUUGUCUUCAAGGAAAUAUUUUUGAGAGGUAAAUUUUUAUUUAAAAGAGAAAAAUAG